GCCAUCCACCCACCGAGUCUCUCUCAGUCUCUCGCUCUCUUAAAAGAAGGUUACCGGACUCCAAAACUGACCGUUGAGCUUACGAAGCCCAGCGCAGUGGCUUCUUUUCCGUACCCCCGGUGGCGCGAUUCAUACCUCUGCGAUCUGGUCCCCCGCCGGCGAUUGAGAAGGAGCAGGACUCUGGUAGCCGAUCUGGGAGGUGUUCGCCAUGGCGUUAGCCGAAGUCAAGGCGGGGACGGAGGGGAAGGGGUGGGGGAUUUUCCGGCUGCCUUUCUUCGGCGGCGGGGGCGGAGGUGGAGGAGGUGAUGGAGGAUCGUCGUCCAACUCUUCGUCGACGUUCAUUUUGACGCAUAACCACCAUUACCGAUCGUCGGGGCAGGUGGAGGGAGGGGCCGCGGCGGCGCAGGCCGGAAGGCGCAGCUCCGGCGCCAGCUCGGUCUCGUCGGUUGCCAGGUCGCUGCUGCCCACCAGACGCCGCCUUCGGCUCGAUCCGCCCACCAAGCUCUACUUCCCUUAUGAACCUGGAAAACAGGUGCGAAGUGCAAUCAGGAUUAAGAACACCAGCAAGUCGCAUGUGGCAUUUAAGUUUCAAACAACUGCACCUAAGAGCUGUUUCAUGCGUCCUCCUGGAGGUAUACUCUCCCCAGGGGAGAGUAUCAUUGCUACUGUUUUCAAGUUUGUUGAGCAACCAGAGAAUAAUGAAAAGCCAAUGGAUCAAAAGAGCAAGGUUAAGUUCAAGAUUGUUAGCUUGAAGGUGAAUGGUCCUAUGGAAUAUGUACCAGAGCUAUUUGAUGAGCAGAAAGAUCAGGUUGCAGUAGAGCAAAUUCUGAGGGUUGUCUUCCUGGACCCAGAUCACCCCUGCCCUCAAAUGGAGAAGCUGAAGAGGCAACUGGCUGAGGCUGAGGCCGCACUGGAGGCACGCAAGAAGCCCCCUGAAGACACAAGUCCUCGGAUUGUUGGAGGACUGGUUAUCGAUGAAUGGGUAAUACUCUUUUUCCUUGCUAUUUGGCUUCUAUGCAUUUUCUACUUUCAAAUGAGCAUUUUUUCCAGUUCCCUUCCUUUUUAUUUUCAGAAAGAAAGAAGAGAACGAUAUCUUGCUCAGCAGCAGCAGGUGGAAGGGGUUGAUUCAGUUUGAAGUAUGAUUCCUUUUGUCAAUGUAGCUCUUGUAUCUUCUUUUGCUUGUGUUGUAUUGUAUGAUCUGUUUUGUUUAAGAGAAAGAACAUGUCAUUUGUCCCCCCAUAAUGUUCAAGAGUGUGAGGAGGGUGAAAUAAUGGAGUUCACACAUCAUGAUCUCUUUUGGAUUUGGAAAUAUUGUACUUGAAUGAGGAUAUCAUGCCAUUGUAUAUAAUGGUAUUAUUCAUCUUGUCAACAAAUAAAAGAUAAGUUGAAUGGCAAGGUCCAAGAAGUUUCUCC